AUGGUGGCUGAAUGGGCAUGGCUGAAGGGUUCUGCAUCGUAUCAGUGCAAUCCAGUGGAGAUGCACGGGAAUACCACAGCAUCAGGAGAGCUGGGGAACCACUUGCUUUCCAAAACUCCACACCUGAGCAAGAUUUUGGCAAAGCCAACGGUUUGUAGCCCUGCAGUAUUUGCCAAACAUCCAGGACGUGGCCUCCCGCUGUGGGACAGACUGAUUCACCUUCCUGACAGAAAUCAGAAAUGGAAUGUAUUGGGCAUAACAGAAAAUCAUUUCUGUAGGAAAAGACACUUCAAAAAUUAUGAUAUCCAGAGGAAUGGACAGCAGCUUUUGCAAUGCCGACAUGCUUCAACUUGGACUAGUACAAUUUUACAUCCAGGCUGUACAAAAGCAAACUUUGAAAUCAUGUCAAGUGCCCAGGAAUACCAAAAAGAAGAAAAAAAGUGUAAAGGGUACAUACCCAGUUACUUAGACAAGGAUGAGCUAUGUGUAGUAUGCGGGGACAAAGCCACCGGAUAUCAUUAUCGCUGCAUCACUUGCGAAGGUUGCAAGGGUUUUUUUAGAAGAACCAUUCAGAAGAACCUCCAUCCAACCUAUUCCUGUAAAUAUGAAGGAAAAUGUGUGAUAGACAAAGUAACAAGAAAUCAGUGCCAGGAAUGUCGCUUCAAAAAAUGUAUCUUUGUUGGCAUGGCAACAGAUUUGGUGUUGGAUGACAGCAAGAGGUUGGCAAAGAGGAAGCUGAUAGAAGAAAAUCGAGAGAAGAGACGUCGGGAAGAGCUGCAGAAAACCAUUGGGCACAAACCAGAGCCAACAGAUGAGGAAUGGGAGCUCAUCAAAAUUGUUACUGAAGCACAUGUGGCCACCAAUGCACAAGGAAGCCACUGGAAGCAGAAAAGGAAAUUUCUGCCAGAAGAUAUUGGGCAGGCACCAAUAGUUAAUGCCCCAGAAGGUGGGAAAGUGGAUUUAGAAGCCUUCAGCCAGUUUACAAAAAUUAUCACACCAGCGAUUACAAGAGUGGUGGAUUUUGCCAAAAAGUUGCCUAUGUUUUGUGAGCUGCCAUGUGAAGACCAGAUCAUCCUUCUGAAAGGCUGCUGUAUGGAGAUCAUGUCCCUCCGAGCAGCAGUUCGCUAUGACCCCGAGAGUGAGACUUUAACACUAAAUGGGGAGAUGGCGGUGACAAGGGGCCAGCUGAAAAAUGGGGGUCUUGGCGUAGUGUCUGAUGCCAUUUUUGACCUGGGCAUGUCUCUUUCUUCAUUUAACCUGGAUGACACCGAGGUUGCCCUUCUUCAGGCUGUUCUGCUCAUGUCAUCAGAUCGCCCAGGCCUUGUUUGCGUCGAGAGAAUAGAAAAGUGUCAAGAGGGUUUCCUCCUGGCAUUCGAACACUACAUUAAUUACAGAAAACACCAUGUUGCACACUUUUGGCCAAAACUGCUGAUGAAAGUGACAGACCUGCGAAUGAUCGGAGCCUGCCAUGCCAGCCGCUUCCUGCACAUGAAGGUGGAGUGCCCCACAGAACUGUUCCCUCCGUUGUUCCUGGAAGUGUUUGAGGAUUAGAGACUGAAGUGGUUCUCCACACCCCCGUUGCACUACUGGCUGUCAUUUCAUCCCGUUGCCCAGCUCUUCUCACCUGUUUGUUCUUCUUCUUUCGUGGUCUUCUGUUUCUUGAGAUGGGCUGGGGUUUUGUUUGAGUUUUCUUUUGGGGUUGCUGGGGGGCAGUUGUAUACACAUGGAUGAAAACAUCCCUUUAAUGCGGGUACUUGUGACUAUUGCAAUUUGUUCUUCAGUCCUUUGAUGUGAGUGCUUUGACAGCUUAACAGUGAAAAUACAAAACAGACCAAUCUCAUUCACCAGCAUUUGCGUGGUCACCAGCUCACACCCAUCAUGGCCUGGAAAAUAGGGAAGAGAGAUUGAAGUGGCAGAAAAAUAAAUUUGCCUUCAAAUUAAAACAGCUAUUGUUAAUUUCACCCUGACAAUUCUGUCUUGUAUUUCUCCUUUUGCAGGGUACAACUGACCAAUUCAUAGUACAAAAUUUCUGGUCUUUGUGAUGGUUUCUAUUGUAACAAUUACCACUAUGGUCUAGAAUCUUCAUCAUCAUUAUGAUCCCAUCAUUCUCUGAGGUUUUUUUCCAGCAGAUGCAGUUUAACUGUGCCCCAUAAAUCAAGUACUUAAAAUAAUGCAGAGUGUUAGAAGGGACUGAGUCUUUUUUUCUUUUUCCAUGUGUAUGAGAUAUUAAGAUCUUCAGUUUCUAAAUUUGGACUCCAGGUAACUUCUGUGGAAGGUUUGUUGGAGUGAGGACAGAAAAUUGAUUCUCUGAGGUGCUCCUGAUAGUGGAGGGGUCUGCUUUUUCUGAGGUGUGUGGAAAAUCCAUCACUCUGAGGGAGAAGGCUCUCUGUCGGGAUAGCAGGCAGUGUCUCAGAGUUAUUCAGGGAUAUGAGAGCUCAUGGAAUGAUGACAAGGAGAAUGAAACAUAUGGGGUGACCUUCAGAUAGGACAGAAACCAACUGUGUUAUUAACAACACUCAAGACUGUAGAGCUUUAUCCCAGGAAUACAAAUAGUGUUGCUCAGCAGUAAUCCUUUGUUUUAUAUAUAUAUAUAUAUAUAUAAAGUUUAUAUGCACUAUAUAUAUAAUUUUAUAUAUAUAUAAUUACAAAUCUUCAGAAAAUGUCUUAAACAUAUUUCCAUAUUUUCAUUUUCUCUCUCUCUCUUUUCCUGACUCUGCCCUGUGUGUGUGCAUGUAGAUCAACUGAGUUCUCCCUCCCUACAGGUAUGUCUGUAUGUGCUUCCUUAGGCUAGAUGCUCUCUUUAUUCUUUUAAUUUAUUUCCACUAACUGCACUAGCAGGAACCAAACUGAGCAAUGACAAAAUGUCCUGCUGCCAAAGUCUGCAAGCCAGUACACACAGUCCUGGAAUGUUUGGAGGCCAGUGAUGAGGACAUUGUAGGUAGAGGUUCCUCUCUAUCACCAUCUCCAUUCAGGGAUGUUGUCCCUGGAUUUUAUAAACUUGAUAUUAAACCAUCCUCUGAAUUUGUAUGACACUUCUAAAACAUGUUUCUCUUCUUCCUGGGAACCAGAGAUUUAGUUCAUGUUUUUUGCACUGCCUCAUACCCUACGUUCUUUCAUGUUGUGCAUGGAUUUGCACCUUUCUCUGCUAUUUAUUGACCUAUUUGCCCAGCAAGUUGUGGGCAUUGUUAGGGUGGAUGUGUUGACUUUCAAAGCUCAUGGCCCAUAUCUGAUCCCAGAUGUUAUGUGCUUAUCCCCUCAUAAAAACGGGGUACUCAGGAAAAUUAAUAGAUGGAACACGAUAUAUGUGUGUGAGGAGUUAAACUCUUCCUACCGUUCUUUCCCUACAUCAUAGAUAAAGCAUUUGAAGUGCUAUUGGGCACAUUUUUAGGAAUUUGGAAUCUUGUUCUCUCUGUUGUUUGAUACCAUAUGCACCUGUGAUGAGCUGUAGGCACUAGUGUUAUCACUUAGGGUUUUUUUUGUCAGAACAUGAAACACAUUGGGAUGUGUAGGAGUUUUUCUGCAGGUAGCAGUGAAGACACACCAUUGGAGAUUAAUUCUUAAAUAUUUGGUGUAGAACCUCUUUUGUUGGCUGUGUUGGCUCCGUCUCAAAGUGUGUGUCUAAACAAUAUCUCUAUCCAAGUUCCUUGUGGAGCGCUGUCUUGGGAGCAAAGAGUCAGAAACUGGCUUUUUGGAUAGGUGGUUGGGGUGACUUGGUGGAGGACUUACAGCAUGUGAUAGGGAACUCAGAAAAGCAGCUGAUCCUUUACUUGAGCUGAUGCCUUCACAAUCUAGGAACAAAACAACACACUUUCAAGAUGAUAUUAAUAUUCAUUAUCAAUAUUCAAUAUUCAUAAUCAACAUUCACAUCAAUAUUAAUAUAGCAAGGAAUAUAAAAGCAGAAUUGGAGGCCUCCAGGUGCAACUAUGGCAAAAUGCACAUGUGAUACAGAACUUCCACAAUUUUAUAAGUUUAAUAAAUUAGCAUAUUUAGCAAUAGUGUCCAAUUAAAAGAGCAUUUAGUUAAGUAAUCCUCCCUUUUGUUUUUGCCCAUUUGGUGUCCCUCCUGCGUUUCUAGCCCCGUAUUUACUAUGUCUAGAAUACAUGGUAAAAGGAAAUAAGACAUCCUUGGCUAAAGAGGCAAGACUAAAUAAUAUUUCAGGAAUGUAGCAUAAUAUGUCUUAGAAGGUUAUCUUAUUGAUUUAAAUGUAGGGGAAAAGGGGUAGGAAAAGUACUGGGAGCUACAGCCAUGUAUCAGAAAUCUACAAAGCUUUAAAUAUAUGACAAAUACAUGAAAGGCUUGGGCAUCAGUGCCUAUGCCCACAGUGGCUUGCAAAGAAAAAAGGAAUGUGCGUGUCUUUUGAAGCCCUGUUCUACCAUGGAUCUGAGCAUGGAAUUCCUCCUGAAGCCAGUGCACCUGUUUGCUUAAUGUGAGCUUGAGUAGGCAUUCAAGCUUUUGACUGUGCUGCAGGUGAGACCCAGGAGAGGAAGCAUCACAUCUCUUCUUGUUCCAAAAUACCAAUGCAGUUUGGAGCUGUGCUAAGUCAGGGUUCAGAAAGUCAGGCCUCCUUCCUUUAGGUGAUUGCAGAUGGACUGAAGUGCCUAAAAUCAGGCAACUGACUUAGACAGUUCUGGCAGUGCUCUAAGCAGAAAGGACAUACAUCAACAUGUUUUUCUAGCUUAAUUCCAGUUAAGUUUGAGUCUGGCACUAAUUAACAGACUGAGUUAGUAGUAUUCCCUAACUAAAAACUAAAGCCAAGCUUGUCAUUGGACAGAUUUGAUGAACUGACAUCUAAUAGCCUCUGAUCUCCUACCAGUCUUACUUUGUGUCACUUCCUUUACUUCCUCAGUGUGACUGCUGAUUUAUGUGAUCCUGAGGGCAAAACUAACUGACCUUAGCUCUGCGAAGAUGUACUUCUAAAUAUCAGUGAUCUCAAGCCAUUGUGGGAUUGUGCCCCUGGACUGACCACCUCAGUGGCAGACGCCAGUGCCACAGUCAGCACCCUUUGUAGUAACUGGCCUUCUGAGUGAAAUAACAAACUUGUGCUCUCCAGUGCAGUCCAGAGUCUUGUUUCUGCUGGUGCCACAUGGCUCUCGUGUUUGCUUUGUGGUCUACAUGUGGGUCUUACACAGAAGGUUUUUCCUUGUCAAACCUGAUUGUCACCAUUCAUGGUAUUGCCCUGAGUAACAUGUGCAUUUAGAUACUCAUUUCAUGUGUAAUCUCAGUUAAGUUGUGAUAUUUAUUAUAACAUAUAUAGUGUGUGCUAAUGAUUUUUGUUUACAUUCUGCCAAAAUGUAGACCUUAUAGUUAGACCUCCCAGGUCCAAAAUCAUCUUUGAGCAGACUGCUUACUUCUUCAGAGGCAGGUAUCAGAAAGAGGAAAAAACUGUCCAGAAAGACCAUUUAUAUCAGAAAUCUGCCAAGAGAGGGCUGUUAAUCACAAGCAGAGCAUGUCAUUGCUAGUGAUGUAUUUUUAUGCUAUGGAACUCUAAUCUGUAUGUGUCAUAUUGACUUCUUGCUGCAUGAAUCAUAAAUUUUAAAAAUCAGUCUUAUGGUUUUGAGAUGUAGCCAGCAUUCCUAAGGCUAAACCUUUUUCAUUGACAGAAUCAAAAUUCACAACCAAGGAACGUUUUCCUCUCACUGUGAGAGCAAAUGAAAGUGUUCAACAUUUUUCUUUUCACAAAGGAAGAGGCAACAGAACCUCUUAAUGUGUCUUGUUAUUGUGAUCAUCUGGAAAUGAUUGCCAGAGGUUUCGUUUUGAUAUAGUAAUGAAGUGAUCUGUAUUUAAAUUUUAUAGAGAGAAUUUUAUUCUAGUGUGAUAGAGAUUUAUUUUCCACUUAAAGACUCAAAACGGUGUAAGCACGUUUUUGGUUCUUUUUUUUUUUUACUAUGGUAUAUUUUUGCUUUAAAAUUAAAAACAAAACAAAAAAAAAGGUUUGGCCUUAUCACAAAGUUUUAGUAUAGAUGUUAGCAAACGCAAAGAGUAUGCAUUAUUUGUGUGUAUCCACAUUGACUGAUGUCGCCUUCAAAAAGCAAUAUUGUGCAGGUAAUAAGUUGUUUGUGACUGUCCAUUGCACAGUUUACCUUCUUUAAAAGCUAACCUUGUUUAUGCACAAGACAAUCAAAUGUAAAUCUACAUCAGCACCCAGGUGUGGAUUAAAUUUAUGUAAAUUACUGAGCACAAUGUAAAACAUUAAAAGACACUUUAUUUAAUUACACAUUUAAUGUUGGUAAAGAUAGUAUCAGGGCAUGAACUAGCUGACAUACUGUAAUUUCUUUUUCUCUUUUCCUACUUCCUUAGCACUCUGCCGUUUCAGUUUGCUCAUAAAUACAUCAAAUUAGUCAUUCAUAAUUUUUUUAAAGAGGAGGGUGGUUUGGGUUGUUUAUUUGUUUUUAUGAAGUCAGUUGGGAGGACUUACUACUUUGUCUAUGAGGUUUGUGGGUUUUACUUAUUUGGUUUAUUUUUUUAUAUCAGUUUCAUGCCCUGAGGGUAAGGAAAACAUUACACCAUACAGUAAAAAACAAAGUACCUUGGAUGAUGUAUUUUUUUGCAAACAGUGUUAAGAGUUAUGCUAGAUUGGUAAUAUUUUUUCAGCCUAAAAUAUAUUAAAAAAAAUCUGUGAUCACAAAUGUUUUAAACUAUCUAAAGAGAAAAUUUGUAUAUUUGGGGAAGAAAAUAAUUUUUACAUAGCUUUUGUAUGCAGAUAUUAAAAUGUAAUUAUGAAUAUAGUGGGCAUAGAUAACUGUGUAAGCUUGAAUUCUAAAAAAGAAAAAGCUUAUAACUGAAAA